CACACACGUUUCUCUGUUCUGUCCUGCGGACUCCAGACCCUCUCAGGUGGUGCGUUCAGAGAGGAGAGGAGAAAUGCUGCUGUGAGCUUGUGAGUGAGUGAGCUGAGCUGUACAGUCAUGACUGACCUCUCUCUAUCAGCUGUGCGUGCAUGGACACUGCUGAGCCUCCUCCUCUCAGGAGUGCUAUGCAAUCUGGAGGGAGCUCUGCACAGGGAUCUGAUGAAAGGAUACAACAAAAACAUCAGACCAAUGGAGAACAAUGGCGACAUCACGGAGGUCAAACUGAAGAUGACCCUCACCAACCUUAUCUCUCUGAAUGAGAAGGAGGAGACGCUGACCACAUGUGUCUGGGUAGAGAUGCAAUGGUAUGACUAUAGACUCAGUUGGGCUAACAGGCCGGGAUUUGAAGCCUAUGAGAACAUCACACGCACACGCAUUCCCUCCAAAUCUAUCUGGCUUCCUGAUAUCAUACUGGAGAACAACGUUGAUGGACAUUUUGAGAUCACACUGUAUACCAACGCUCUGGUAGACCCAGAUGGAAUGGUCUAUUGGUUGCCCCCUGCUAUCUACCGCAGCGCCUGUGCCAUCAAAGUCAACUACUUCCCCUUUGACUGGCAGAACUGCAGCAUGGUAUUCAGGUCUCAAACAUACAGUGCUAAUGAGAUUGAGCUGAAGCUGACGGAUGAAGAAAACUCUAUAGUGGAAUGGAUUGAGAUUGACCCAGAGGCUUUUACAGAGAAUGGUGAAUGGAUAAUAAAACACCGGCCAGCGAAGAAGGUGAUAAAUGAACGGUUCAGCCGAGACGAGCUGGACUAUCAGGAGAUCAUCUUCUUCCUUAUCAUCCAGAGGAAGCCGCUCUUCUACGUCAUCAACAUCAUCGUGCCCUGCGUCCUCUUCUCCUCGCUCGGACUGCUUGUCUACCACCUGCCGGCUAAAGCUGGAGGUCAGAAGUGUACCAUGUCCAUUACCAUUCUGCUGGCCCAGACUGUCUUCCUCUUCCUCAUCGCCAAAAAGGUUCCAGAAACCUCUAAGGCCGUCCCGCUGAUUGGGAAGUAUCUGAUGUUUGUGAUGUCUGUGACUGCAAUCACAGUGAUGAACUGUGUGGUGGUGCUAAAUGUCUCCCUGAGAACUCCCAACACACACCCCAUGACUGAUAAAGUCAGGAAGGUGCUGUUGAACAUUCUUCCUCGGCUGCUGAGGAUGAGGAUGCAGCGCUGGACUCCACAGGGCGGAGUAAAUGGUACAGUAAACGGAUCUACCGUCCCCUUGAGGAGACGCAGCUCACUGGGGCUGAUAGUGAAGGCGGAUGAAUACAUGCUGAGGACGGCGCGCUCUGAGUUGAUGUUCAGCAGGCUGAAGGAGAGAGAUGGUCUUAUGAGAAGUGCUCUGGAAAAGAUCCAGAACGGCCUAGAGGGAGACACUGUGCAGGAUCUGAGCUCUAGUCUUGCCAUGGCUUCACCGGAGGUGCGGCAGUGUGUAGCGUCCUGCAAACACAUUGCUGAGAGCACCAAACAGCAGAAUGACUUCCAAAGCGAGAAUGAGGAGUGGUUUCUGGUUGCCAGAGUGAUCGACAGGCUCUGCUUUAUCGCCAUGGCGAUGCUGUUUGUCCUAGGAACCACUGGAAUCUUCCUCAUGGGCCAUUUCAACCAGGCUCCGUCUCUGCCCUUCCCUGGAGAUCCCAAAAAAUACCUGCCCGAAGUGUCCCCCACAAAUGUCACAGGCUGACU